UAGUAGCAGCCGUAGCGGUUCUGCUCACACCUCUUAAACUUUGUCUCCUCUCUCGCGCUCUCUUUUCGCUCCUCUAGCGCGAGCGUCGAGCGCGUCCCGGGCCGCGACGACCACCUAAAAGCCCCCCAGAGCUCUCCGUUAUUGGGGCGGUGGUGGGGGGUCUGGGGGUGUGUGAGUAAAGUGUCGGACAUGAGCAGCCCCGAUGCGGGCUACGGCAGCGACGAGCCGCGCGUGAGCAUGGCCGGCGCGGGCCGGUGCGCGUGGACCGAGGCGCAGAGUCCCGCGAGCGAGAGCAAGGCGGGGCGCGUGCGCACGGAGCCGCGCAUCCGCAGACCCAUGAACGCGUUCAUGGUGUGGGCCAAAGACGAGCGCAAGAGGCUCGCGCAGCAGAACCCGGACCUGCACAACGCAGAGCUCAGCAAGAUGCUCGGCAAGUCAUGGAAAGCGUUAUCUAUGGUGGACAAGCGGCCUUUUGUGGAGGAGGCGGAGCGGCUGCGUGUGCAGCACAUGCAGGAUCAUCCCAACUAUAAGUAUCGACCUCGCCGCCGCAAACAGGUGAAGAGGAUCAAGCGGCUGGAUUCUGGCUUCCUGCUGCCCGGAGCCUCCGAGCCCCCGGCCCCUCUGGGCAUGGACAGUCUUGGGGUGGGUUAUUCCCUGCCCCCUGUAGGUUUGCCUCAGGCUGGCCUACCUCAGUAUUGUGAUGCCCAGGGACUGUUCGAGUCCUACAGCCUACCCACCCCGGACUCCUCCCCGAUGGACGCCUUAGCAACGGAGACUGUGUUUUUUGCAGGCCACACUCAAGAGGAAAGCCAUUCUCAGGCAGCUUACAGCUAUCACCACCACCAUCAAGAGUACGCACCUCAAGGGCAUCAACACUCCCUGAUUAAUCCGCAGGUUCACGGCAAUAACCACAGCGACACACACUCGCAUGUUAGCAUCAGCACACAUACGAACGCUAACCCACAUAUUAGCACACACGCUCAUGGCAAUGCACAAGCCAGCUUGAUGGCCAGCACUCACUCUCAGGAACUUGGUAAUGCAAACAGCAGCCAUAACGUCAACACCCACCACAAUCCCCUACAUUCACAUUCAUUAUCUCAGGCACUCUUCAGCAGGAGCCUAUCUCCUAGCUCCAGUCAAGCCCCGCCCCCCACAUACCUGGGCUGUCCAUCCACUUUGAGUGUCUUCUAUAAUCCUGCCUCUCAACUAAAACGUCCAGUUGAGCAGCUGUCGCCUCCCCAGGACAGUCAUGCACACCAACAUGGCGCGGCUGACCAGCACUCGCGUCCCUCCAUGGAAGCCCACCGGCACGGUCCAGAAAUACUAAGCGAAGUGGAUGGUAGUGAAUUUGAGCAAUACCUGUCGUACGGGGUUCCUCAAGCACCCAUGCAGGGGUCCGACCUGAUCUCCUCUGUACUGUCCGACGCUAGUACCGCUGUGUAUUACUGUAACUACAACAACACCUGAAGCCCCUAUAGCACAAUACACUAAAAAACAUAAUGCACUGAAUAUACUUUAUUCAAAUGUGUCCAUCAUUUGUUAAUGAAUAAAAUAUAUUACAUCAACACAACUGCCAAAGCAAGUAAACCAAAAGACAAAAUUGUGUUGAUGUGAUAUAUGAAUCAUGUGGUAAUGAUGUUCACAUUUGAAUCUUGUAAAUUGAAUGCAUUUCUUUUUCCAGAUUCUGAGCGGUCAGUAAUGAAUGACCUAACACUGUCUGAAAUUGUUACAACACCAAGCAAACACAUCCUUACUGGCAAAUGUACUCAUAGAAACAUACAAGGGAAGGGAGUUAUAUGGCCUAUAAAAGUUUAGAAUUAUAUGAAUUUACUAAAAUGUGUUUAAUUAAACCUUUUAAAUGUUUCAACUAAGACACAUUAAUGCUGUAAAUAUCUUUUUCUAUAAAAUGAAAUGUACAGUGAUUAGUGUAUUAACAUGUAAUUUCAUACCUUUUUUGCACUUUUGGGAAAUAAAAGUCUCAAAGAUGUG